CUCACGCGUUCCGUGCCUAUGAUCGGAAAAAUACAACCUGUUGAGUAACAGUGCUAAAAUUCUUGUCUGGAAGUAAGGAUGCUAUUUUGGCUCAACGCGGAUUACCCGCUGUAAAUCACGAUCAUUCGGAUGUGGGCGCAUUUAUUAAAGCUGCAAAGAAAAACACAUUUCUUGAAACUCUACUGUCAUCUGAAGAAAGAAUCGGUCCUUGAAAUUUUCCAACAGGUGCUUGACCAGGAAUUAUUUGUGAAAAGUCAAAAUGCGUUGGUUUCCUGUUAGGGAAAGUACCUCAGCAAAGAAGUGAGAAGUAUCAUAAAGACAAAUAUGGCUGCUACUGUGAUAAAAAAUCCACCAGUUGCAAGUAAAUCUUUGUUUGUUCCUCCCCUUGAGGAACUUGUUGAAGUGCUGGGUAGUGGUUUAGUAUCCAACUUUGAAACAGUCAGAGUUGAAAUUGUAGAUUGUCCUGAUCUUACAAAGGAGCCUUUCACUCUAGCAUGUAAAGGUUUGGGAGGAAAACCAAGGUUGGUUGAAAUUGGUGGGCCACCCUACUUGCUUCCUUUAGUUCGGAGGGAAAAACUCUAUAAUAUGUCUGACAUAGGUAAGCUUACAGAUGUUGAACCAACCUUCCUGAUAGGAGCAGGUGCUGGACCAUGGCCAUAUGCUGGGGUAAACUGUGAGAUGAUGGUCAAUCUUGAAGUGAAAGGAGGAAAAGUUAAUAAUCACACAAGAAUAUCAAAAAUUAAUAUCAAAGAUGGCAGCUGUAUAUUGGAACGUCUUCCUGAUACUGAAACGCGUUGUGCCUUGCUUGCUAAUAUCUUCUGUAGUGAAGGAAAGCCUGGAAAAGUUCUUCAAGUGAGCUGUAAGAAACGAAUCGGAAAUGACGACUUCAUUGCCAGUAUAAGGAAAUCUCUUCAAGCCCAUUACAAAGAGAAGGCUGUUGGUCUUGGUGGAACUUUUCUUCUUAAAGAGGGGAAAGCCAAGCAACACAUAAUGCCAGAGUUUUCAGUUACACCCAUUAAUACUGAUGAAGAAGUUGAAAAAUGGCUUCAUUUUUACAACAUGUCUGCACCUCUCAUUGCUGUUGGAACACUAGCAUCAGCUGACCCUGGUUUAGAUCUGAGGCUUCAACACUUUCACAGUUUUAGUCACCAUGGUGAAGGUGGACAUUACCAUAUUGAUACAGAGCCUGAUAAUGUUGAAUAUUUGGGAUAUUUUGCACUUGGUGAAUAUGUAUACCGUAUAGACCAGCCUACAGACACACAUCAUGUGGGAAGAGAUUGAACAUGUUCCUUUUGUUUUCAAGAAAGAACAUAUCUAACAGAUCCCACUGGAAGAAAGGGUGUUAUAUACUUAUAAAACAAUGCCUACAAUUUUAAUAUGAAUAUUUUACCAAGUAAACUGGGUAGAUUUAUUCAUGGGCUACAGAAUAUAUAGUUUGUAUGAAGAGAAACAAACAAUAACCUGCACUUUUCUGUGAUGAAAUGUAUUUACAGAAUUUUGAGGGUCUUUAAUGGCUAGUUCAGUUGCUAUCACAUAUCUGAGGAGCAGAAACAAAGGGUCAUAUAAAAUACAUAUUUUUUUGCACUUGUAUCUUUGGCAUUUCAUUGUUAUGGUGUGAAUGUAUAAAAUGAUAUAGUUUUCAAAAAUAAUUUUAAACCAAGAUAAUUUUUGGGUUAUGUGUUUUUAAUUUUUAUACACUUUAUUGCAUUUGUUAACGUAAAUAAAAUUUGGACUGGUAUCAAA